AUGGAAUCUUCUUGUUUUCCACCCCUGGGUUCUCUCAGUUUGAGAGAAUCUAAAAAAUGUAAAAAUUACGGUAAAGAAUCGCGAAGGUCAAUAACGGGUCCUCCGAACGUUGUCUUAUCGUCAGAUGAUGAUGAUAAUAACGAAUUCGGUCCGAACGGGAAAAUCGAAAUACUUCAAGAUUUGGAUCUUUAUUACAUUCGUCAAAUAGCUCAUAAUCUCAAGGGUGACGGUGAUAAUUGGAAAACCGGAAGUACACAAAAUUGA